ACUAUACUGAAGGGGUGAUAAACCAACAUCCUCUUCUAAAUUCGUUUUCGGUCCAGUUCUUCGAGCACAAGUUCUGGAAGAAGCAUGGAGAAGAAAAGGUGGGAGUGCUCGGCUCUCCCAAAUGGUUGGAAAAGGGAAGAAGUGACCAGAAAGUCGGGCUUGUCCGCGGGGAAAUGCGAUGUCUAUUAUUUUAGCCCCACAGGAAAAAAAUUCAGAAGUAAACCACAGCUGGCUCGUUAUCUUGGUAAAUCCAUGGAUCUGAGCUCUUUUGAUUUUCGAACUGGAAAAAUGAUUAUGAGCAAAUUAAACAAGAACAGGCAGCGGUUACGGUAUGACCAGAGCGGUCAGAACAAGGGUAAGCCAGAUUUGAACACUUCCCUACCAGUCCGGCAGACGGCAUCCAUCUUUAAACAGCCUGUUACAAAAGUCACGAACCAUCCAAAUAACAAAGUAAAGACAGAUCUGCAAAAAGCUGUUGAGCAGCCAAGACAGCUUUUUUGGGAAAAGAAGCUUAGUGGACUGUGUGCGUAUGAUAUAGCUGAUGAGCUGUUGAAGAGUAUGGAUUUUCCUAAAGGCCUUCAAGGGGUUGGACCAGGCUACACAGAUAAAACACUCCUGUCUGCCAUUGCCAGCGCUCUGCACACCAGCAGCGCCCCCAUCACGGGUCAGAUGUCUGCUGCUGUGGAGAAAAACCCUGGGGUUUGGCUCAACACUACACAGCCCCUCUGCAAAGCCUUUAUGGUUACAGAUGAAGACAUCAGAAAGCAGGAGGACCUGGUGUACAGCGUGAGAAAGAGGCUGGAAGACGCUCUUAUGGCAGACAUGCUAGCUCAAGUAGAAGACUUGCCAAUUGAUGCCAAGUCUCCAAAGGACGAGACCAACAGCAGUGAAGAGAUGGAGACUGUAUAGUUUGGUGAGGCUGGAGGGAGCAGCAUCAUGGAUCCUCAUACUUUCGCUCCACACAGAAUAUUCACCAGAACUUGAUUCCUUUGGUUUUCUCACAAUUGAACAGUAACAUUUUACUACACUUUUUCUGAUCCUUUUAAAUGUAAUAUCUUGAACAUCUUUACAGUUCACCUGCCCUGCUAUAAAACAACUUGGUUGAAAAGGUUUUAUCUGGUAACCAGACACAUUUGGUUAGACUGCUUAUAGUUGGUCAGACUGGUUAGGCUGCAGGAGAGAUAGCCAGCUAUACCCAAUGAGCUAAAUCAGUCUAAACCAGUUAAGACUAGCAAACCAAAUAUGGACAAAAUAAGAACAAUUUUCAGCAUUGGUUGUCUUUCAGGCGUGUUUAAUAUUGGUAUCUUGCCACAUCUGGUGCAUAUAUGAGGAUUUACAAUUUUGUACAUGGGCUUUCUGUUAAGUAUGUUCAAGUUGAUUUUCUCGAGUGCUUUUUGACGAAUCUAGGUAGCUAGAAGCUAGGGAGUAUAGGAGUAUAGGCAACUUCAGGCUUAAAUUAAAGAGGUGAUUGAGGCAGUCAAACUGUUAAAGCUCGACAUUUCUAUAACGGACCUUUUGAAUUACUGGUGCUUUAGCUAGAUUAUGACUAUGUAGGCAGUUAUUGUGCAUCACUGGCAGCUUUGUUUCAGUGAUAAGAGUUUACACUUAUACAGUUAUUAUACAGUAGUUAACAUGAACACAAUUUGUAUUAUUGUUGUAGAAAUAUUUUUAAACACUUACAGUCAAACAACCAUUAAGAAAAAAGCUCUGCAAGCUCUAAAAUGAUUUAAAGCCAUUUCUUAUUCAGUGGACAGAUUAUAUUGCCUUUUUAGUGAUAAGACUGUUAUUACAAUAGUUCUUAUAAUUGUUGCACUUAUAAAGACCAGCAAUAAAAUUUGAUAAACUUUGGUUGAAUGCUUUUAGUGCUGUAUUUAUCACAGCCCAAAAUAAUUUAGCAAAUAGGUCCUGGGUUUGUUUCCCAGGUGGAGCGAUCCUGUCCCUUUCUGAGUGGAGUUUGCAUGUUCUCCUCAUGUCAGCGUGGGUUUCCUCCAGAAGCUCUGGUUUCUCUUCCACAGUCCAAAGACAUGCAAGUGAGGUGAAUUGGAGAUGCGUGUUUUACAUUAAACUUAAAAUUAUGAAUCAUUUCCUUUUCCUGUGAUUAAUAAACAAUGUUUAAUUAAAUAUGGUGCUUAUUUUAUUUGGAUGUUAUUGACUAUUUGGCUUUCUUGUUCCUCGGUCAACCAAUCAAAGAAUUUGUAUUUUUGCAAUUCGGUUAAAUUCCAUUCCCUUUCAUUUAUAUAAACUGUAUUAAUGUGUUUUGUGGAACUUUCAAGUCAUCAUACUCUCCAAUACUUUUUCUUUUGGAUUUAAUAUUAAUAUAAUGUUGCACAAAAAAUAUAGAUGAGGCUUUUGCUCUGUGUUCACGAUCUAACUGCCAAACUUCACUUUGUUUUGUUUGUGUGUAACAGAAAUACCAUAAAUACCAUCAGAAAACGAAUUACUUUUUUGAAAUGCACACUCCACUGCAGGUGUAUCAUUAUAAACAAAAUGAAUGUGUAACAGUUGUGUCUAAAAAGCUAAAUUUAGCAUUGCUAAGCAAUAUCAUUGUAGGCCUGUACAUUUUUGGCCAAGCUGAAAUCAAAUAAUUGCUGGUGUUUAACAGAACCGUUUUUCUAAACAGAGCUAAAGAUAAAAUGUAAUAUGAAUAUAUGUUUCUACUUGUGUGGCCAAAUGUGUAAAGCUCUGUUAAGAGUGCUGAACUGCCUUUGUAAAUGAUUUUUUUAUUAAAUAUUUAUAAUAAAACUUAAACCACAUAAUUAACUUCAGCAUAGAAUAUACAUCUAAUAAAACUAGUGACACCUCUACACAUUUUCGACUGUGUAUUUUUACCUUUUGUUUGGGAGUACAGUUACAUUACAUUUAUGCUGUAAACCAUAUUUUGUAUUUUGCCAAGAGGAUGAAUUGUCUUAUUGUGUGUUUUUAUUUGUAAUAAAUACAGUUUACAGAAGAGAAAAUUUUAUACAGUUUUGGGUGCAUAAUUGCAAAUUGACUUCAUUUUGU